AUGAAGCCAGAUGUGGGAACAGUGAAUGUUCUAACUGAGAAGACGGCUGAAGAACAGAAAAAUCCUAUAAAGGAAGUGGAGAGCCAGGAUAAGCAACCAGAGGUUCUAUACCUUCAAGAAGAAAUUGCAGCAGAUCAUCUGGACACAAUGGAUCUGAAUAGGAGGGGUCCAUCUGUGAAAAUGGAAGCUACAUUCUGUGAGGCGGAAAGAGCUUCACUGGAGGAAAGGCAGCGAGCCCAGUCCCAGGAGCGUGCCCAAGAUGCCCUGUCACGCAGUAAGGACUCCUUGUGCCUGGAUGGGUUUGGGGCAUCCAGUGAAUUUGAUGGGUGGAGACUUCUGCUCAAGGGGGGUGAAGAAACAGUGUUGAUCCGUUCUCUUUGCGGAGAUGUGGAAAUAGCUGCUGUAUCUCUAGUCCAGUUUGAGGAGGUGACUGUGUAUUUCACUGAGGCAGAGUGGGCCCUGCUGGAUCCAAACCAAAGAGCUCUCUACAGGGAAGUCUCGCUGGAGAACUAUAGGAGCGUGGCCUCUCUGGAAUACAUUCAGGAGAAAAUACACACAGGGGAGAAACAUUUUCAGCGCCCAAAGUGUGGAAAGACAUUCAGUCAGAGUGGCAAUCUUCAACAUCAAAGAAUCCACACAGGGGAGAAACCUUUUGAAUGCUCAGAGUGUGGAAAGAGAUUCAGUUUCAGUGGCAAUCUUCAACGGCAUCAAAGAAUGCACACAGGAGAGAAACCUUUUGAAUGCUCUGAGUGUGGAAAGAGAUUCAGACACAGUAGCAGUCUUCAAAAUCAUCUAAGAACCCACACAGGAGAGAAACCUUUUGAAUGCUCAGAGUGUGGAAAGAGAUUCAGUUGCAGUGGCAAUCUUCAACGGCAUCAAAGAAUACACACAGGGGAGAAACCUUUUGAAUGCUCGGAGUGUGGAAAGAGAUUUAGUCACAGUAGCAGUCUUCAAAAUCAUCAAAGAAUCCACACAGGAGAGAAACCUUUUGAAUGCUCAGAGUGUGGAAAGAGAUUCAGUCGCAGUGGCAGUCUUCAGCUGCAUCAAAGAACCCACACAGGAGAGAAACAUUUUGAAUGCUCGGAGUGUGGAAAGAGAUUCAGUCAGACUGGCAGUCUUCAACAGCAUCAAGGAACCCAUACAGGGGAGAAACCUUUUGAAUGCUCGGAGUGUGGAAAGAGAUUCAGUCACAGUAGCAGUCUUCAAAGACAUCUAAGAACCCACACAGGAGAGAAACCUUUUGAAUGCUCAGAGUGUGGAAAGAGAUUCAAUAAGAGGGGCAAUCUUCAACGGCAUCAAAGAAUGCACACAGGAGAGAAACCUUUUGAAUGCUCUGAGUGUGGAAAGAGAUUCAGUCGCAGUGGCAGUCUUCAGCUGCAUCAAAGAACCCACACAGGAGAGAAACCUUUUGAAUGCUCUGAGUGUGGAAAGAGAUUCAGUCAGAGUGGCCAACUUCAACAGCAUCAAGGAACCCACACAGGGGAGAAACCUUUUGAAUGCUCGAAGUGUGGAAAGAGAUUCAGUUGCAGUGGCAAUCUUCAACGGCAUCAAAGAAUGCACACAGGAGAGAAACCUUUUGAAUGCUCUGAGUGUGGAAAGAGAUUCAGUCGCAGUGGCAGUCUUCAGCUGCAUCAAAGAACCCACACAGGAGAGAAACCUUUUGAAUGCUCUGAGUGUGGAAAGAGAUUCAGUCACAGUAGCAGUCUUCAAAGACAUCUAAGAACCCACACAGGAGAGAAACCUUUUGAAUGCUCAGAGUGUGGAAAGAGAUUCAUUAAGAGUGGCAAUCUUCAACAGCAUCAAAGAAUCCACACAGGGGAGAAACCUUUUGAAUGCUCGGAGUGUGGAAAGAGAUUCAGUCAGACUGGCAGUCUUCAACAGCAUCAAGGAACCCACACAGGGGAGAAACCUUUUGAAUGCUCGGAGUGUGGAAAGAGAUUCAGUCGCAGUGACAGUCUUCAGCUGCAUCAAAGAACCCACACAGGAGAGAAACCUUUUGAAUGCUCUGAGUGUGGAAAGAGAUUCAGUCAGAGUGGCAGUCUUCAGCUGCAUGAAAGAACUCACACAGGAGAGAAACCUUUUGAAUGCUCUGAGUGUGGAAAGAGAUUCGAGUGUGGAAAGAGAUUCAGUCAGAGUGGCGGUCUUCAACAUCAUCAAGAAACCCACACAGGGGAGAAACAUUUUGAAUGCUUGGAGUGUGGAAAGAGAUUCAGUCGCAGUGGCAGUCUUCAGCUGCAUCAAAGAACCCACACAGGAGAGAAACCUUUUGAAUGCUCUGAGUGUGGAAAGAGAUUCAGUCGCAGUGGCAGUCUUCAGCUGCAUCAAAGAACCCACACAGGAGAGAAACCUUUUGAAUGCUCUGAGUGUGGAAAGAGAUUCAGUCACAGUAGCAGUCUUCAGCUGCAUGAAAGAACCCACACAGGAGAGAAACCUUUUGAAUGCUCUGAGUGUGGAAAGAGAUUCAGUCGCAGUGGCAGUCUUCAGCUGCAUCAAAGAACCCACACAGGAGAGAAACCUUUUGAAUGCUCUGAGUGUGGAAAGAGAUUCAGUCACAGUAGCAGUCUUCAAAGACAUCUAAGAACCCACACAGGAGAGAAACCUUUUGAAUGCUCAGAGUGUGGAAAGAGAUUCAUUAAGAGUGGCAAUCUUCAACAGCAUCAAAGAAUCCACACAGGGGAGAAACCUUUUGAAUGCUCGGAGUGUGGAAAGAGAUUCAGUCAGACUGGCAGUCUUCAACAGCAUCAAGGAACCCACACAGGGGAGAAACCUUUUGAAUGCUCGGAGUGUGGAAAGAGAUUCAGUCGCAGUGGCAGUCUUCAGCUGCAUGAAAGAACCCACACAGGAGAGAAACCUUUUGAAUGCUCUGAGUGUGGAAAGAGAUUCAGUCAGAGUGGCAGUCUUCAGCUGCAUGAAAGAACCCACACAGGAGAGAAACCUUUUGAAUGCUCUGAGUGUGGAAAGAGAUUCGGUCACAGUAGCAGUCUUCAAAGUCAUCUAAGAACCCACACAGGAGAGAAACCUUUUGAAUGCUCAGAGUGUGGAAAGAGAUUCAGUAAGAGUGGCAAUCUUCAACAACAUCAAAGAAUCCACACAGGGGAGAAACCUUUUGAAUGCUCGGAGUGUGGAAAGAGAUUCAGUCAGACUGGCAGUCUUCAACAGCAUCAAGGAACCCACACAGGGGAGAAACCUUUUGAAUGCUCGGAGUGUGGAAAGAGAUUCAGUCGCAGUGGCAGUCUUCAGCUGCAUCAAAGAACCCACACAGGAGAGAAACCUUUUGAAUGCUCUGAGUGUGGAAAGAGAUUCAGUCAAAGUGGCCAUCUUCAACAGCAUCAAAGAACCCACACAAGAGAGAAAACUUGA